UCUCCGCAGGACCAGCUCGCUUUGCAGAGCAUUGUCUGGGUAUGAGAGUCACACACAGGCACAGGAGAGCAUCUCAGCCCGGCACAGCAUCUCAGCCAGCCCGAGCACCCCUCUCAUCCCCCGCCCCGCCCCGAGCACCGACACCCCUUUAAAAAAAAAAGAAAACAAAAAAUAGAGAGGGGGGAAAAAGUUUUAAAAUAUCCCACCUCUCUUCUUGCUUUUAUUUUGUUGUUUGGGUUUGUUAGGGUUUUUUGGUUUUUUUUUUGGCUUUUUUGUUUCUGAUUUAGCGAUGGCAAAUUCCUUCACGGCCAGGAGCUGGCCUAUCCCCUGAGCAAAGGCAGCCUGGACAUGACCGGCAGGCGAGGGAGGAGGAAUUUGGAUUCCCUUCGGAGGCGCCGACCCCUCCCGCGGCCGGGGGCAGCGCGGGCGCUCGGAGCCAGCGCGGGCAGCGGGGCCGGCCCGCUCCCCGCGGCCACGGAGCCCGCCCGCGGGCAUGCGGCACCGCCAGCGCCGGGACGGAGCCCUGCUGCAAUGAGAUCUUGAUGUGAAGACCUCAAAAUAUCAGCAGAGCCUGUGCUUCAUCUCUAAUCUCACUGUUAAUGAGCAAAACUUGUCCAAAAUUAGAGGAGAAGAUGGCCAUCAACUGGAAGGUCUGCUUCUUCAGCCUCGUAUUGCUUCCUGUGGCUGCAGCAACCCAUUCCAACUGCAUCAUUAAAAAGGAGCAAGAGACUUGUCUGGAGAAGAUCCGGAGGGCGACGGCCCUGAACCCUCUCAAUGACUCUUCUCCGGGGUGCCCAGGAAUGUGGGACAAUAUCACAUGCUGGAAACCUGCAAGUGUGGGAGAAAUUGUCUUUGUCAAGUGUCCUGCACUCUUCAGAUUUAUCAUCUCUGAAGAUGGUUGGGAAGUGGAUAAUUUGGGGCAAACCCAUGCAGGUGAUUAUGACCUGCUGGAAAGCACAGCCCAGUCUCUCCUAGGGGACAUCAGCAGGAAUUGCACUGAAGAUGGCUGGUCUGAACCUUUCCCUCAUUAUUACGAUGCCUGCGGCUUCGAUGAGAACGAAACAGAGUCUGAUAACCAGGAUUACUACUAUCUCUCAGUGAAGGCUCUGUACACAGUGGGAUACAGCACUUCCCUGGUUUCCCUCACCACUGCCAUGGUCAUCCUGUGUCGCUUCAGGAAGCUUCACUGCACUCGGAAUUUCAUCCACAUGAACCUUUUUGUUUCGUUCAUCCUCCGUGCAAUAUCUGUGUUCAUCAAGGAUGGAGUUCUUUAUGCUGAGCAGGAUGGAAACCACUGCUUUAUCUCGACGGUGGAAUGCAAAGCAGUGAUGGUGUUUUUUCACUACUGUGUCAUGUCCAACUACUUCUGGCUGUUCAUCGAGGGGUUGUACCUCUUCACUUUGUUGGUGGAGACCUUCUUCCCAGAGAGGAGAUAUUUCUACUGGUACACAAUCAUUGGCUGGGGUACCCCAACAAUUUGUGUCACUGUCUGGGCAGUGCUGAGGCUCCACUUCGAUGACACUGGCUGCUGGGACAUGAAUGACAACACUGCCUUGUGGUGGGUGAUCAAGGGUCCCGUGGUUGGGUCAAUCAUGAUAAACUUUGUGCUUUUUAUUGGCAUAAUUGUGAUACUUGUGCAGAAACUCCAGUCACCUGACAUCGGGGGCAAUGAAUCCAGCAUUUACUUCACCCUCCCUCUUCCUCCCAGAUGCAGCUGCAGUCCCUGCCCAGGACACUUGCGCAGCUGCGUUCAGAAAUGCUACUGUAAGCCUAAGAGGGCUAACCAGCACUCUUGCAAGAUGUCAGAACUAUCAACCAUUACCCUGAGACUGGCUCGCUCCACCCUGCUGCUGAUCCCUUUGUUUGGAAUUCACUACACGGUGUUUGCCUUUUCUCCUGAGAAUGUCAGUAAGAGGGAGAGGCUGGUGUUUGAAUUGGGACUGGGAUCCUUCCAGGGUUUUGUUGUUGCUGUUCUCUACUGCUUCUUGAAUGGGGAGUUUCUCCCUAAAGGUGCAAUCAGAAAUAAAGAGAAAAUGGAGGAGCUGGAAAGUCAACCGGUAUUUUGCUGUGGAUUUCAAACAUCGCCAUCCUUCUCUAGCGAGCAGCGGAGUGAACGGGGGGACACAACUCUCCAUUCUGAGCAAGAGCAGCUCUCAGAUUCGGAUGUCCAGCAUAAAUGCAGAGAACCUGGCGACAUGAGCAGCUGAGGAGAGCAAAGCAACCAACGAGCAAACCAAAAACCAUCCCUUGAAAAA